AUGUUGCAAGGUAUGUUCAAUCUUGACGGUGAAGCGGGGACAGAGCAUAGAAGUUUCAGUCUCCGCGUUCUUCGAGAUCUGGGUUUCGGAAAGACAUCGAUGGAAGAGCAUAUCAAGGAGGAGUUGUUGAACCUUGUCAACGAGAUCGACGGAGCCAAAGAACGUGGCAUCCCUGUUUUCGAGUUGAUUCUCCAAAGCCUGCUGAACAACAUUAGCGCCCUCUUGUUGGGAACCAGAUACCGUCUAGGCGACCCAAAGUGCCAAUACCUAGCGAAGCUCGCCGGGGACUUCAUAGAGCGAAUCCACUGCGCCCCGAUCAUCCAAUUCAAACCUCAAUGGCUGUGUCGAGUCGAGGCUAGGCUGCCCUUCACCAGGACGGGUGCUAUGCGCAGGUGUCGUCUCGCAAUGAUCGACUUCAUCGGGGAUCAAGUUAAACAACACGAAGAGACAAUACAGGCAGACGUGACCCGAGACUUCAUUGAUGCCUUCCUCAAGAAAGUUGAGAAGCACCGGCAUGAUCCCAAUUCUGCGUUUCAAGUGUGCCACCUGGUGGGUAACACCGUGGAACUCUUCUUCUCUUCCUCGAGCAACUUGCCAGUCAUGAUCCACUGGCUGCUGCUGGUGUGCGCGCAGAAUCCGGAAAGGGUGCAAGCCAGAAUUCAGAAAGAGGUCGACGACGUUGUCGGCCGUGACAGACAGCCCACAUGGGAGGACCGCAAGGUGAUGCCGUUUACCAUGGCCAGCGUACUUGAGAUAACACGGUGGAAGGUCACGGAGCCCAUUGGAAUGCCUAGAGGAGUACAAGAAGGCACCUCCAUCGGGGAGUACCUGAUUCCCAAAGGAACAGCGGUUGUGGCGAAUGUUAUGGCAGUACACAGAAAUCCAGAGCUUUGGGAGAAUCCGGACCAAUUUGAUCCAGAGCGAUUCUUAACAGCCGACGGCAGCGAACUCUCCAAGAAACCGGAACACUACAUCGCGUUCUCGCUUGGGAAAAGAAUUUGUCCAGCAGAAAACCUGGCAAACAUCGAAAUGUUCCUGUACCUGGCGACAAUUCUGCAGAAGUUCAGCGUGUUUCCUGAUGAUGGAGUACAACUGCCUGAUCUCGGAUGCAUCUCCACAUCCUGGCGCCAUCCUUCUGUAACGAAGCUGCGCUUUGUUAGACGCCGAUUGUCGUGGCAAUUAACGAGCUUUUUCUGA